UUGAGGGCGCGAGGGCGCGACUGCCUUGAGGCGAAAGAAAGGUUCCCCAGCCGGGUGUGCGCCCCGCCGGCCUGGCGUCUCCGCUGAAGCAUGAGGUAGAGCCUCUCCUUUCGCCCGCCUGUUGAAGUCGUUUCAUGCAAACAGAACUGAAAGAAACUCAGACCGAACGAAAUGGUGCCGGGGCGAGGGCAGAGCCCGCGGCGAAAGGCUCUGAGGGGUAAAGGGAUCUUCGCAGGUUCUGAAAGGGCCCUCUGUGCAGCUAAAUUGCUCCAACUCCUCCUCCCCAGGCUGUAUGAGAAGGGGAGGAGGAGAACUGUUGCCAGCCUGUUGCUAUGACCACGCAGCAGCGGCUGAGCCGUUUGUGUGGCUGGAUCAUACCGCAUUGGCGCAGCACGAACAUAAUUGAAUUUGAGGGAUGAAGUCCAACCUAAUGCACUUGGUUCCGCCAGUGAGCAGGGACAGAAGAAUCUCACAGUUCCCCAAAUGGUACACGCCUGAGGCCUGUCUGCAGUUCAAAGAGCACUUCCAUGCGCAGGUCAGGACGGCUUGUCAGCAGAGCACUGGAACAGUUGGGCUGAAAAUAUCCAAAGUGGUUGUGGUAGGAGACCUGUAUGUUGGGAAAACCAGCCUUAUCAACAGAUUUUGUAAAGAUAAUUUUGACCGAGACUACAAAGCAACCAUUGGAGUGGAUUUUGAAAUGGAACGUUUUGAAAUAAUUGGCAUUCCGUACAGUCUCCAGAUAUGGGACACAGCAGGCCAGGAAAAGUUCAAGUGCAUUACAUCUCCUUACUACCGAGGAGCAGAGGUUAUAAUAACAGUGUUUGAUCUGGCUGAUAUCCAGACUUUAGAUCACACCAAACAGUGGCUAGAAGAUGCAUUGAGGGAGAAUGAGCCAGAUUCCAGCUUCAUCUUUCUGGUUGGAACUAAAAAAGAUUUGGUGUCGGAUGCUGUGUGUAAAAGGACGGAGGUAGAUGCCAUCCGCUUUGCCAAUGAGAUGCAGGCAGAAUACUGGUCGGUUUCAGCCAGAACAGGGGAAAAUGUCAAAGAGUUCUUUUGCCGAGUUGCUGCCUUGGCCUUUGAACAGUCCAUGAUAAAGGAGCUGGAGAAAACUGCUGGGCCCAUGGCCCAAAUUGGGUCAGGAAAUCUCAUCAAGCUGGAGAAGAGCAGGAUGGAAAUCCCAGAAGGCAACACUCAAGUCAGCCUGAGUUGCUGCUGACUGUCAACUGUUUCUGCAAGCACCAUGCUUCUUCGUAGUCCAGCACAGAGCACUGCAACAAUGAAAGCUCUCAAACCAGAAAUAGAAAGGUUUAUUUUUGGAAAGGAGGGUGGAAAACCUUAGCUAAACUUUCUUUUGAGACUUCCCUUGCUCCUGCUGGCUAACUUGUGCACAAUGGUACAAUUGUUACAUAACCCUUUCUCUGGGUAGCAGAGAAGUAACACCCUUGUCUUAAUGCAAAAAGACAAUGCCAGUGCCACGUGCUCACCUGUCUGCCAGAAAUGCUUGUAGUCAACAAUCAGGCAAUUUUAGAGUGUUGUUCUUUAAUAAUUCUAUAGAAAUCUUACCUAGUGAAGUCAUGUUCUCAAGGGAGCAGAAAACAAAUGGCAGUUCAGAAUAAGGGGUGCUAUCCAUGUUUUUGCCUUUUAAGAUCAUAGUGUAAAAUAACUCCAACUUGCUUUUAUGCAUCGCAAAUAUUUUGGAACUGCUCCAAAAGAUAUCUGUUUAAAUAACAAGGACGGAAGUACACAAGUGCAGACUGCAUAGUUUUUGUUGUCAUUUCUCCAUCCGGGAAAAGUCUACUCUUUUUCAUUUUCCACAUGAGCAUCAGAGCCCAGUAUUAAAAUAUUUCUAAGCCUAAGAGAAGCCCAUGUAGGAACUUUGUUUUAUCCCAGCUGUCUAAUAUUUUGGAAAUGUUACCAGACAAGAAUGCUAUUCUUUUCCACUCUCUUGAAUGAGACAGAAAGAUUACAUAGGUGCAUAGCAUAGAAAAAUUAGACUUCAUGUAUUCCGAAUCUUAGAGAGGAUGCAGAAUCCUUCUCUGGAUUAUCUGUACCAAUACUGUCUACACUGCAAUUCUAGUUUGUUGCUAAGAGUAAUGACACUUUCAUUUUAAUCUAACUGGUUUUUUUUGUUUGUUUGUAGUUAUAUAAGAUGAUUUUGGAACCAUAUGCAUCCUCGAUCAUUAACUCACCCAUCCCUGUCUGUGGUAGGAAUGCUGAGCUGGUAAGGCUAGAUUUGAUACUGCAGCUAAACUCUUAGUCACUGUCUGCUUCUACUGGACAAGAUAAUUUGAUCACUAAAUUCUAGGAGCAAUUUGUUCCACAGCGUAGUAGAAGCAGUAGUAAUGCAGAAACACUUUUGCCAUUUUGUGAAAAGACUUGCAGCUGUGUAUGCAUUUAGAGGGAUGGGAAAAGGUGGAGUUCACCAGAGCGGACACAUGCUGGUUAAGCCCUAAGGCACUUGCUGUGUGAAGAGGUCAGCACUGACUGCUGAUGGUAGAACCUGCUCUCUGGACACGUAGCUAUGUCUUGGUGCGCUGGCUGGAUCAAAAAAAAACAUUGCCUCAGUUUUGCCCUUUCAGAUACCCUUUGACAUAACCUUGUGCAAUUAGUUCAGAAAUUACAGUCAUUGUUUAUUGGGGAGAGAUAAGCUCUGGGUACCACUGACUGUCAUAGAAGUAAAGCAGCUUUACAGUGCUCUUCUGCUUUUUAGGCAGCAAUGACUGAUGCCAGAAGAUAUUCUUGUUUUAAAAGUCAUUCCUGCUGACAAAUGACAUUGCCAGAAAGUUGAAUGACAAAUAAUCUUGCCAGAAAUUACUAUAAGAAAUCUUCAGUCAGUAUUUGUGAAAUUGUAUUAGUAUGAUUGAUUAUUAUAGUUAGGUUUAAACUGCAAAGUACAAAAGAACUGGAGGGGAAAUAUGCUUAUUUUAUUUCCCUCUAUUUUUUUCCAGCAUCUCACUGAAUUUUAAUAUUCAGUUCUGAGCAUCCAGUUAUUCAUCUGUAGAGAAAUAUCACUGAGAUCUGUAGAUCAUUUACUUGCACUAAGCUAUACACAUUUAUGGUCCUUCAGAAUUGCUUUAAGCACUCAAAUGAGAGAAUUAACUAAGGAAUUGAAGUGGGACGUAGGAAAGGCUGCCUCUCUAGAAAUCUACCAGCAGCUUGUAACUCUUAAGAUUCAAAUCCAGCAUUACAUGCUAUGCUGGCAUUAAAAAAACAAAAUUGGAAUGACUUCUGUAGUGCUCUAAAUUUCAUACUGCAGCUAUUUUAGAUGGAGAGAAAGAAGAAACCCUAUGGACAGUUGUUAGCUUAUUUAUCCAAAGGUGUAAUAUUUUUACUGUAUGAAGUUCCUUGUAUUUGUUCAUCUCCCAGGCCUGUUUCCCAAGAAUGAUGAACACACCCACCCUUUGUACCAUGUGCUGCACUGGGUGGGCAGUGUGUCUGUGGUCCUCUUGUGAACUGAGUGUGAAUGAGAGCAGCAAAGGUGGUUAGCUCCACGGCAGCACAGUGCAUUGUCUAGGCUAGGGGUAAGUUUCAGUGCAGACACUGGUGUUUACAACUGCAAAAUGACUUGGUGACAAACCUAAAAAAGAUCAGGAUUCCAGGGUUCCCCUUCCAAAGAAAAAUCUCCUCAGUGUUUCUUUCAUUGCUGAGCUUGGUUACUGUACACAAGUGCAGAGAUGCAUUCUCCUCAACAAUGUAAUCACAUUGGGUGGAAAAUCAAUCGAGGCAAUUUUUUUCUAGUGAUCCAGUGCAGUGCUUGAUGUCAUUCCUGGUUUCUGUCUUCCGGAGCUCUAAAAACUUGACAUACAAUUGCAACACUCCGUCAGUCAGUAACUGUCACUUGACCAUGGUCUGUCUCUAUCUGUUCCACAAUGGAUGCUUUGGGAUGAGUUUUUUUGGUUGUUGGGGUUUUGGGGGGGCUUUUUUAUUGGUUGGUUGAUUUUCAGGGGAUGGUUUUUAUCCCCAUGGAGACUUUCCUAGCAGAGAACUCAGUAUUAAUAGUCAAUGAUCUAAAAUGAAUCUCGAAUCAUAUUGCAAAUGAUGAAUUGCUUAGGAAAGCACAAAGGAAAACAGCUUUGGUGGAAAAAUAAAUGUAAAUUUGCAAGUUCUUAAAUGUUUGCAUCUGGCCAAUGUUGUAUCUGUGCGUGUUAAUCUGUUCUGUCAGCAGCGUCAUUGGCUUCUGUGUCUUUUCAGGUUUUCAUCAAUAGUUAGAGAUUGCUCUAGGGAGAUAUACAUAAUGCUCUAGUGAGUGAAUGCUAUAAACUCCUCUAUGUCUCAUGCUCUGAGCACACAAUUUCAAGCGAAGUGUUGGGCAAGUUGAAGUUGUAGCAGAAUCUGCAUUUGGUAGGAGAAGGUUGGUCCAUUCUUUUGUUUUUGACCAGAAGGUCGUGCUCCAGCCAGAAACUGCCAUUCUCUGAAUUCUAAGGACAUUUUUUUCUGGUUUUGUAGAAUGAUUUAGAAUGGAUGGGACUUCUCCAGACUUAGCGGCCUUGGCAAAAUACACUGCAGAGUGCUGCUUUGUGCUGCAAAAGUAUGGUUUCUUCGUUUCAGCCACAGAUUAAUCAGAAAUCAUGUUGUAUAUCUCUUUUAAAAGACCUACGUUUUUUUUUUCUUCUUACAAACUCUCUAGUGUGUGAUCACGCUGGAGAAUCAGUUCACAAGCGUCCGCUCCGGAGCUUUUGAAGCCGGUCCUGGCUGCUGUUUCCCGCCGGAGGGAGCUCUGCGGCCGCGGCGGUGCCGGCACGGCCCCGAGCCGAGCUGUACGGGUGCCCCUGGGCCGGCAGGGGGACGCGCUGCGCGGGCUGCACUUCAGACUCAAAUCACAGAUGGGGGCCGCCACCACAGCCUCAGUGACACUGUGUAUCCUAUUGAUACAACACUGUUGAAUGCAUGAAGUACCAGCAAGCCUCGAGAGCUCCCGUCAGUUCCCACGGGAGUGCCUAGUGCUGAAGCACUGGGAUAGAUGAAGAGGGUACAGGUGUUCAAUAGUAUUGUCCGCUGGUGGUUACUUGUCCACGCAGAAAUCCCUUCUCUAACUCAUCAGAGUUAUUACUGCCUCUGGAAGGGCACAAAU